UUUGCUGGCUUAAAGGCUGAAUUCAGCUGCCCGGUGACUUCACAGCUGUUCCUGCAGCCCUGUAGUAUCUGUCCCUUCUGCUCUGUCCCCUCAGCUGGGUCUGCAGCGCUGACUCGGGGAUUUUCUUAUGAAAAUGCCUGAUGGGCGGGAGGAGGAUCUGGAGGUUGGCGGGGGAAAAAAUGAGUAAUGCAAAGCAGACUGUUUAGUAAAUGCUGCAUGAGAAAUAAAAGUAAAAGCUGGCUCCCAUCUCUGGGGACUCUAGAAUGAUUCUGACUUAUCAUGUCACUGAGCAGUGUUGGGGGAAGCCAAAGCUCGGAAUCUGCUGGCAAGGAAAAGAAUGAAGAUAAAAAAAUGACAGGGAGGGGCAAUCCAGAGGGGGAAGAAAUAAAAGAGUGAGAGGGAAAGACAAGCGUCAUUCAGGAACAGAGGUAAAGGGAAAGAAGGAACUCCAGCACUUAACACCAUAGAGUGCAGUGUUUUUAUAUCUUUCCUCUUCCCCAGAGGAGAUCCCUAUUCUGACACUUUUAUUGACAGACGGGCUGUUACAGGCUCUUUUCCCAGAAGUUGACCGGAGAAGCUCAAACACUGCUGUCUCUUCCCUCCCGAGUCCAGUGGUUUCCCUGGUAAUGGAGUGCUUCUCUCCGAGCUUCCACCUGGGUAAGGCUCCCCAGGCCUAGUCCGUGAACUCAGCUAGGAAACGCCACUAGGAAAAAUGAAUGAAGAGCCCAUAAAGGAGAUCCUGGGAACCCCCAAGUCUCCCAAGCCAGUGACAAUGGAGAAGAGCCCCAACGGUGAAGUCACGGUCACCACGGCCCCCCUGGUUAGUGAGAGCCAGCUGACGGCCGCUACGGGGGGCGCCGAGCUCUCCUGCUACCGCUGUAUCAUCCCCUUCGCAGUGGUGGUUCUCAUCGCGGGGACAGUGGUCACGGCCGUGGCUUACAGCUUCAACUCCCAUGGCUCCAUCAUCUCCAUCUUUGGCCUGGUCGUUCUGUCACUGGGACUCUUUUUGUUAGCCUCCAGCGCCUUGUGCUGGAAAGUGAGACAGAGAAGCAAGAAAGUCAAGAGGCGGGAGAGUCAGACGGCUCUCGUGGCAAAUCAGAGAAGCUUGUUUGCUUAGGACAGAAUAAGACCAAAUGGGAGAAGAGAAGUAGCCUGAAAAACCCGCUCUCACUGUGCCAACCGGCUCACCCAGAACUAGCGCGGGAGGGAAUGGACUUGGCCCUGGAGCAGCUGAGAGGUGUAGGCAUGGGUUAGGCAUGGAAGGAUGAAGGGAGUUCUCCUUUUCAGGAACCACUCGGCUCUUCUUUAAUGACAAACUUAACUCUAAGGGCUAUUUCUAAGACUGAAAAAUCAGCUUUUUUUCUCUACAUUAAAUGGGGUCAUGGGUGCUGCACAGCACUGGACAACGUUCGGUUCACUUUGGAAAGUAGCCAAGAAAAAAAUGAGAAAAUAGACAAUUCUGACAUACGAGCAACCUGCCUCGAAAUAACUCAUACUUUUAAGAAGUUAUAUUAUUAAAACGUCCUGCCGAGAGUCUAAAUUGCCUUGGAUUUUCCAUAUUUCUAUGAAAUUCUGUGAUAAAUUCUUUUCAGUAAGUCAAUUCUUUGGCAUCUGUUUUUCCACUUUCAGUAACUCUUCACCGGUGGUACUUCUCCUUGAAGAAUAAACUAAUAUUUUUUAUGUUUUAACAUUGGACAGUUUUAGAUGACUGUAAUGAUGUGUAAAAAGGAAAAAAAAAGGGAAAAGGUGUAGCUACUAGUUGAGACGGGGGAUUAAAUUAAUAUUAAAAUAAUCCAAUAUAGCACUUUUGAUGACUUUUAUAUUAAAGUUUAAUGUACAUUUUAUUCAAAAUAAUAAAUAUGCAUUGCUGCUGAA